AUGAAGCGUGCGCCUCCUCGCUCUGGCGCCGACGACAAGAAGCUCCAGCAGAACCUGAAGAAGCUGGGCACCCAGCCUAUCCAGCAGAUUGAGGAGGUCAACAUGUUCAAGUCGGACGGCAACGUGAUCCACUUUGCCGCUCCCAAGGUUCACGCUGCUGUCCCCAGCAACACCUUUGCCAUCUACGGCAACGGCGAGGACAAGGAGCUGACCGAGCUCGUCCCCGGUAUCCUGAACCAGCUUGGCCCCGACUCUCUGGCCUCGCUCCGCAAGCUCGCCGAGAGCUACCAGAACAUGCAGAAGGGCGAGAAGGGCGAGGAGGACGAUGGCGAGAUCCCCGACCUGGUGGAGGGCGAGAACUUUGAGAGCAAGGUCGAAUAA